CGCUUACAAAGAGUCACUUACAGCCACAAGGAUUACAGUAAUUUUACAGUUACACACUUUUUCGGAAUUUAAAAAUUUAACAAUAAUUUUACUUCGAAAAUGAAAUACGAAAUCGUGUUGUUGUUCGUUGCUUGCUUCGCCACUGUCUGCUUGGCUGCGCCACGUCCAGAUGAAACGGAUGAGAAAGCAGAAACUCUGCGCCUGGAAACUGAAAACAAUGGCGUUGAUAAGUACUCCUUUGCCUUCGACACCAGCAAUGGCAUUUCACGCACCGAGCAAGGUGAACUGAAGACCAUUGAUGAUAAUGCGGCUAUCGUUGUGCAGGGUAGCACCUCUUGGACCUCACCAGAAGGCAAGCGAUUCGAAAUCGUUUUCACCGCCGAUGAGCUCGGCUAUCAUCCCUCAAUUAAACUAGUCAGCUAAAUAUUGUUUAGUGUUACUUAGUGCUAAAAGCGAAACUGC